UAUCAUCUUUAAAGUUUAUAUUGCAUAUUGUCUCAAAACUUGAUAUAUUUUCACAAGAAAUUUACUAAUUUUUGUGCUUUUUGUGGAAUUUUUAACUUGGCCAUGCCAAAAUCAUUUCUAGUGCGUGGUCAGCAUAGACCAAAGACUACCCAGGAUGUCCACGAAGCACAGCUGGAUCAGAAGAUUCCGUCCGGCCAGAGACUCUUGGACAGCGAAGAUUAUUCUUACUUGAAGGAUACUGAGAAAGUAGACGGUACUAAAAAUUUAGAAAAAAGAGAAUAUGACGAGGCCAAAAACAAAGACAGGGAUAUUCGAAAAACGCCGUUAUUUCUUCCUCUUCCAUUUGAACAUAAAAUGUACAAUUUAAUGUUACAUUCUCCAGGAAGUGAAAAGUUUGGAUUUAAUAACAUCUUAUCACCUCUACCCUAUCAUUCCUUCCGCUACCAGGAACUAUGUUCACCAACGUCUCCUGCCGCUCCUCCGCUCAUUCCGAGCCCGACUCAUAUAAUUAACUCAGGCUUUCCAAAUCGUGCAAGCUCUAAUUCAGCAAAUUCACCGACGGAACCUCAACGUAGAGAUCAAUUAGACGGCGUUAAUAACUUUCUAAAUCCCACCGUUUCAAUGCUCAAGCAUUCAGUGGUGCAUGGGGUAGAACUUAUAAAUGGUGGCUUUGGAAUGAAAAACCCUAUCAUAGCUCAUGCUCAAGACCAGAAAAUACCUAAUUUUCAUGAUAAAACCUCUAUUGACGGUCAGAAUUUCACUUGUAAUAUCUGUAACAAGUCCUUCCCAUUGCAAAGGUUGCUCAAUCGUCAUCUGAAAUGCCACAGUGAAAUCAAAAGAUAUCUCUGUACCAUAUGUGGAAAAGGAUUUAACGACACAUUCGAUCUCAAACGUCAUACAAGAACACAUACAGGAGUGCGUCCAUACAAGUGCAGUACUUGUGGUAAGGCGUUUACUCAGCGCUGUUCCUUAGAGUCACAUGGGCGUAAGGUUCAUGGAUUUGAGUUUUCUUAUGCUUACAAAGAACGCCGGAACAAGCUUUACGUAUGUGAGGACUGUGGACACACGACUUCAGACCCAGGACAACACUUCGUGCACUUAAAACACUUUCACCCGCAGAACCCCGUUCUUCUGAAGUUCUACGAUAAAAGACAGUUCAAAUUUUCUGAAAUGGGCAAUAGUUCCGAAGAAAUCAUAGACCUUUCAGUUAACAAAAGGUGAUGUCUGCAUUGUAUAAUGAAGUGUUAGCAAAUGCAUAAUAUACCAAAAACAGAUAUUUGGUUAAUAUAAAGAAUAUUUUGUUUUGUUUUUUACAUGAUUAUAUUUUUACAUAUUUUGUACAUACAAGUGCUAUGGGGGUUAUACAUGAAUAUACAUGUAAUACUAUUUUUGGACAUGGUGCAAUAUUAGAGGCGGGCCACUCACAUGCAAUAUACAUUAUCACCUGUCAGUAUCAUCUGUGAUUAUAUUUAUGCAUUUACUACCUAACCAUAUAUUUUGAAUAAAAAGUAUUUGAUGAAAUACAAUGAAAUAAUAUGUAGAUUUUUUUUCCCUUGUGAUAUGUAAUAAUAAAUCAUAAA